AUAAGGCCAUAACCAAAGACGCCGUUGUGCGGGAGACGAAGAGGGAAAGUGAAGAGCAGCGUCGGACUAGUGAGCCAUGCUCGCCUCGCCGGCGCUCGCCGGCGCGCACUCCUUCGCGGCGUCCGUGUCCGGCAGCCUCCGCGUCCCCCUACCUUCCGUCCCCGCGCCCUCGCCCACGCCGGCGCGGCGCGCAGCGCUGUCCGUCGUCGCCAAGGUCAAGGUGCCUACGCCCCAGGACGACCGCAUCGCCCGCCAUGUCCGCCUCCGGAAGAAGGUGAGUGGCACCACGGAGAGACCCAGACUGAGUGUUUUCCGCUCAAACAAGCAUUUGUACGCUCAAGUCAUUGAUGAUACAAAGCAAUGCACUUUGGCUUCGGCUUCAACCAUGCACAAAUCUCUCUCCAAGGAAUUGGAAUACUCCGCUGGACCAACAAUCGAAGUAGCACAAAAGAUUGGUGAAGUGAUUGCCAAGUCUUGCCUGGAGAAAGGAAUUACCAAAGUUGUCUUCGACCGAGGUGGUUUCCUCUACCACGGCCGCAUAAAAGCUCUUGCUGAUGCUGCUAGAGAGCACGGGCUUGAGUUCUGAAUCUUUACCCCGAAUGUUUGUUCAUAUUUCAAUGAUCACCUGUAAUCUUUUCUUUUCACCCCCUCGAUGUUGAACAGAGUUUGUAGUCACCUGCCUUGUUUUGCAGAGUGCAGAUUGGGCCAAACUUUGAUGGCAUCAGAUUUUUGCCCCAGUCUUGCAUUCAAAAGCUUCUCAACAUGAUAUUAUGAAUCUCCCACCAUUCAUGCUCUCUGGUCCACACCAUAUUCAUUCCUGACAUUGAUCCUUUGGAUCCGAAUCCCAAGUACAGGGAACUGUAACAGGAAGAUGAUGGCGAACAUGGAAUAUUUUCUACUCUCUUGAGGUGCCGUGUCGGUUCUGUUACAGCGUGAGGAAUCGCACGAUCACUAUACUGUAUGACAAGUGCAAUCUGAUGUU